AUGGCUCUAUCCACGAGGCCACAGGCCUACACAUGCGCCCGAUGCUUACUCCUCUCGAGCGCUAAGCGCACCUUCUCCGCCUCCUCCGCUGCUCGAACCGCACCGAGACGUACACAGGACUUCAACUCUGGCUUCACGAGCAGCUAUGAUCCGACUAGUGAUACUGGACGUGGGCCCAUGUUCAACAAGAACAACUUCGGAGUUCCGCAGUUCUAUCCCCGAGAUCUGAAGAAGCGUGUGGACGACUAUGUCGUAGGCCAAGAUCGAGCGAAGAAGACAAUCUGCUCCACCAUCUUCAACCACUAUCAAGGGGUCCGGCGGAGAAGACAUCAGGAACAUGAGGAGAAGCUCCAGAGGGAAAAGGCCGAGAGGCAACGCUAUGCCCGAGACAGAGAUAUUCUCGAGAGGCGUGACAUCCAUCCUGUUCAAGGUCAGCGAGGUCGUCAAUCUGCCUUCCAGCGCUUUCCUGCUGAUGACGAGUGGCCCCAAGACGAGUUUCCUGGCCAUGCUGAAUCUACACAGCACCUAGACGAAGGCUAUGAGUCGUCUACCGGUUUCGACGGGUCAUAUCUUGCCGAGGAACCUGCAACCCCUGCUCCAGUCAAGAUUGACAAGAGCAACUUGCUGCUCAUCGGCCCUACCGGUGUCGGAAAGACGUAUAUACUAGAGACUCUAAGCAAGAAGCUCAAUGUACCGUUCACGAUAUCCGAUUGCAAUGGACUCACCCAGGCCGGCUAUAUCGGACAAGAUGUCGAAACUUGCGUAGAGAGACUAUUGAUCGAAUCCAAUUACGACAUCAAAGCUACAGAGCAGGGCAUUAUCGUCCUGGACGAAUUUGAUAAGCUGGCGAAGAGGGAGAGCAUGAACGGACGCGACGUUGGUGGAGAAGGCGUUCAACAAGCUUUACUCAAGCUGGUCGAAGGCUCUAAAGUUACCAUCAACGUCAAGGAUAACCGCUCGUCACGAUCGACACCGCCCAUCACAACAAACUACACUUCUUCGAGCUCAACGUCAGCGCCCCAAUCUACCCCGCCCCAAGGAAAGGUCGACCAGUACACGAUCGACACUACAAACAUCCUGUUCGUCUUUUGCGGUGCUUUCGUUGGUCUCGACAAGGUUAUUGUACGGAGAGUAUCGAAACCGUCCAUGGGCUUCGGUUCAGAGCUGAAGGGGAAACAUGGCCUCGCCGGAAACCAGCACGACUUACCGCGCGAGUCGUUCUCGCAUCUGCCGCAUGUUGAUCCCGAGGCACCAGCAUCAGCAUACACUCCCUUGGACCUCACAACGCCAGUGGAUCUGCAGGCCUUUGGGUUCAUCCCCGAACUGAUUGGCCGAGUACACAAUAUCUGUGCACUUAGUCCUUUGUCUUUGAAUGAUCUUUACAGGAUUCUAACAGAGCCGCGCAACUCUCUGGUUGCGCAAUACACCGCUCUGUUUGAAACGUACCCUUCCAAGUUACACUUCACGCAGAAAGCCUUAUACGCAAUUGCGGAACGGGCUGCGAAGGCCGAGACCGGAGCUCGCGGCCUCAAGAUGGAGAUGGAGAGAGUUUUGGCAGAGCCGAUUUUCGACGCGCCGAUGUCUUACGUCCUGAUCACCGAAGGUUGCGUAAAGGGGACCGAGAAAGCUGGAUACUGGGGCAAGGACGGCCGUAUGGAAAUGGAGCGGCGGAUGGCCGACGAGGACGCUGAACCUGGAUCGCGGCCACACGAUGUCACCUUUGAGCAGUAUCGCGAAGCUGGCCAGAGUGGCGCAUGA